GGGAACCUUCUUUCUGAGCACAGACAUUAGAGCCUGUUAUCAGCAUGAACUCAUAUGUGUUAGACAAACACUUGAAUAGUUCAUAUCCAUCCUUCACUACAGGAAACACCAGAAUGAUACCGCAAACUCCAAAAGUCUUAGACACUAAUGACUAUUCACAAACAUUGGGGAUAUCACAGCAGAUAUUUAGAGAAGAUGGUGAAUUGGCAGGAACUGGGAAGCAAUCAUUGUGUACAGAGAGUAAUUUAGUCAUCAAACAAGAGGACAACAUUUAUGACUUAUCUAGUGAAAUUAUUAUCCCAGAGGCUAAACCACACACAUUUACUGAGUUUUCAAAUCAUAUUAAAGAAGGGAAAAGUCCACAGUCUAGCCAAAUGAUUCAUACAAAGGAGAAAGCUUUGAAAUCUACAGAAUGUGAGAAAAGCUUUAGAUGGAAGUCUCCUCUACUAGAACACUACAAAAUUCACACAGGUGAGAAACCACAUACAUUGUCUGAGUGUGGCAAAUGUUUUACACAAAUGAGUGAUCUGAAAAAGCAUGAAUGUACAGAGUGUGGAAAAUCUUUUACAGAAAAGGGUAGUCUGAGAACUCAUGAAAGGAGUCACACAGGAGAAAAGCCUUUCACAUGUACAGAGUGUGGGAAAAGUUUUACACAAAAGGGUAGUCUGAAAACUCAUGAAAGGAUUCACACAGGAGAAAAGCCUUUCACAUGUACAGAGUGUGGAAAAGGUUUUACACGAGUGGAUUGUCUGAAAACUCAUGAAAGGAUUCACACAGGGGAAAAGCCUUUCACAUGUACAGAGUGUGGAAAAAGUUUUACACAUAUGAAUGAUCUGAAAAAGCAUGAAAGGAUUCACACAGGGGAAAAGCCUUUCACAUGUACAGAGUGUGGAAAAAGUUUUACACAAAUGAAUGAUCUGAAAAAGCAUGAUAUGAUUCACACAGGGGAAAAGCCUUUCACAUGUACAGAGUGUGGGAAAAGUUUUACACAAAUGAAUGAACUGAAAAAGCAUGAAAGGAGUCACACAGGGGAAAAGCCUUUCACGUGUACAGAGUGUGGAAAAAGUUUUAAACAAAUGAAUGAACUGAAAAAGCAUGAAAGGAUUCACACAGGAGAAAAGCCUUUCACAUGUACAGAGUGUGGAAAAAGUUUUACACAAAAGGGUAGUCUGAAAACUCAUGUAAGGAUUCACACAGGGGAAAAGCCUUUCAUGUGUACAGAGUGUGGGAAAUGUUUCACAUCUAAAAUAUGCCUUAUGUAUCACAAAAAGACCCACACAGGGGAGAAACCUUUCACAUGUAAUGAGUGUGGAAAAAGUUUUACACAAAAGAGUGAUCUGAAAAAGCAUGAAAGGAUUCACACAGGGGAAAAGCCUUUCACGAGUACAGAGUGUGGAUAAAGUUUUACACAAGUGUCUAAUCUGAAAACUCAUGAAAUGAUUCACAAGAAACCUUUUACA